AUGUUGCAGAUUCAAUUAGAGUUGGACAAAUACCUCCCCCAGGUCAACGGUCCUCUCUUGAGUAACUUGAUUGACACCGUUGACAGGAAAUACAGACGAGAUAGCGCCUCUGUGGUUGAUGAGUUCUUCUCAGAGGACAAAACUGCUGCCCCUUACAGCCUCAACAUCAACGUCAUCCUUCCCAGCACCACACACCUCCGCACAGGCCUCUACCGGGCCAACCCCAGGACUCUCACAGCGCAGCAGAUCAAGAUAGAGCCCGGACUGGAGGUGCCCUGCUCCGUCCCCACCCAGGCCCUGCCAGACUUCACCUCUGUCUUCAGCGUGUCGCCUGUAGCCAACAACGUUUUCAUUAAACCAGACAUGAGCUCUGGAGGAGUGGUAACUGGGGCCGCAGGAUCCCAGCAGCAGCACCAACAGCCAAAUAUGGAUACAGAGCUUCACAUUGGACCUCCGGCCCCCCAGUCGCAGGUCUAUGCCCACAUGCCCAUCACCAGCUGUGCUGACCUCACCAUGACUCUGUCCCACGCUAGCCCAUCGGCACAUGCCUCCACGAGUGGCAGAACCAUGCUGAAUCUCGGCAACGGCAACUACAUGAUGGCCGAGCACCAACUACCCCAGCACCACGGUUACUACCAAGCCUCUCCGACCAUCUCAUCCCAGCACACAGCGCCCCACAGCCUGCCACCCUCACCCCCGAACUCUCAGCCAGGGAGCCCAGACGGUCAGGCAGAGCUGCUCAGCUUAUCUCCACAACUUCAGGCUCCAUACCUGCAGUGUCUGGGAGGGAUAAAAGUGACGGGGUUGUCCCCACAUGCCAUGCUGAUGACACACGGCCAGGGUGUCCUGACAGGUCCCAAAUACAACAGGCGGAACAACCCAGAGCUGGAGAAGAGGAGGAUCCACUUCUGUGACUACCCAGGCUGCUCCAAAGUUUACACAAAGAGCUCUCACCUGAAGGCACACCAAAGGACGCACACAGGUGAGAAGCCGUACCGUUGUACAUGGGAAAACUGUGACUGGCGUUUCGCCCGAUCGGAUGAGCUCACCAGACACUACCGCAAACACACCGGAGCCAAACCAUUCAAGUGCGUCGCUUGCAGCCGCUGCUUCUCACGCUCUGACCACCUGGCCCUGCACAUGAAGCGUCACCAGAACUAACUUAACAGAACUAACUUACCUGUAUGUACAAACCAUCACAGAAUCACACACAAAUAUAGCCGUAUCCAUACAUACAGCCACCUGAUCUUAACAGACACAGUACCAAAAUCCUCCCUGUGUACCCCUGUUUAUUCUGGUGCUCCAUGCUACCAUAAAUUGAGCGAUAAUAGGCUAUCUAGCAGUAUCCAAAGAGGGACGACAACAAACACAGAUGUUUGCAGAUGGUGAACUAGUGAUCAUUACGUCUUUGUAGCUGCACCUACUGGUUGGUCAGGGUU